GGGUCUCCUUCCCCAGGGGAGUGGAAGUGGGACUCGGACUCGGAGUCGCUGGGACUCGGCCAGUCGGAGUUGGAUAGACUUUCAGGCGUUCACAAGGUGUUCAAGCGAGGGCGCUCUGAUUCUUGGAGUUCGCACGGUCCACUGCCACCAGCUGUCGCCUGCCUUGCACGUUGCCAGCUGGUGCUGGUGUUUUCAGUUUGGCUGCCGGGUGGCUCCUUUUGUGCGUCCUUGCCCGACGUCCUGCCGUCCCGGCAUGGCCCUCACCGCGGUGCAGGCCGUCAGUUCGCCCUGGCAGGCUCCCUGUCCGCAGCGCCCCGUGCGGGCUGCUCUGCCACAGCAUUGCUGCGCCCUCCCCUGGCCAGCGCUCAAGCUGCCCCCCACACGUCCCAGCGGCCCUCCCCACCUGGCGCACGCUGGCCCUGACCAGGGGACUCUGCGCAGCCACUGGGGCAGGGCAGCGCUGCGGGAUGAGCUGCCCGGGGGGGCCCGUCCGGUGGGGAGGCUGCCCGCGGUGGCAGGCACCCGGGCGGGGUGGGCGGUGGAGCAGGUGGAAGAAGGCGACAUUGCAAACCGGAACCCGUACCUGGAGGGGGACUUUGAGAUUGGGGACGACGAGGAGUGGGAGGAGGUGCCCCUGCACCGCGUCAAGAUCCACGACAGCGCCGCGGGGCGCACCUUCGAGGUGGACGUCCCCGAGGACCGCUACAUCCUCCACUCCGCGGAGGAGCAGGGCCACACCCUGCCCUUUGCCUGCAGAAUGGGUUGCUGUACGGCGUGUGCGGUGCGGGUCAAGGCGGGCAAGCUGUACCAGCCUCUGGCCCUCGGCAUCUCCAAUGAGCUCAAAGCGCAGGGGUACGCGCUGCUGUGCGUGGCGUACCCCCUCAGCGACGUAGAAGUGGAGACACAAGACGAGGAUGAGGUGUAUUAUUUGCAAUUUGGAAAAUACUUCGCAAGGGGUCCCAUCGAACGAGAUGACAUUGCUCUUGAGAUAGCACUACAAGACGAAUGAGGAGGAGCGCCAGGCACAUGUACAGUAUGGAUGGACUGCCAAGAUUGCGAAAACUAGCCCAGCAGGACAAGAAGGCUGGUGAGUCAGUGGCGUUGAGAAGAGAGAGUGCUACUUUCCGUCACAAGAAAUCGGACACUCGAGUAGUUUUAAUACAGCACAUGACUUGGACCUAUCUUUGCUUACCUGCGCCUUGGACUCGACCUAAGCUCAUUGCAGAUUGUGUGUGGCUCGUACAGGUUCCUCUAUUCGGAUGCAUGAUAUAAGUGGCUUUUAAAUUGAGGCCGGCAGCGCAUGUGAAAUCACACACGUGAGCACUGGCAUCCG